GCAUGAGCGCCCGAUCUCGGCUUAUUCAAGUUUUGAGUCUUGUGAUCGGGUUUGAUUUGCCCGCAAAGUGGCGGUGCGCGGUGCCUGCGUGCUCUGUCUGGAUGACUCGAAGGGCGGGGCUUGCUCAGCACCGCUCAGCGCUUCGCUCAUCCUGUUCACAUCCACGCUAAGCCGUGCUUCAGCCAGCAAGCCGAGUCGCGCCCCUCUUUUAUUGUUGGAAAGGCUGCAAGAAGGGGCUCGGGAUGUAGGAAACUUCGUCUUGUGGCAAUUUCUGAGAGCAAGUGACUCGACUUUGACGUCAACUAGCACCAACGUUUGCACAAGCUGGCCAAGGAUUGGGCGCCAGUGAAUUACAAAGAGAAACAGCUUCCGGUACUGAUUGCUCCCCGUGCAAUUUCCAAGAACUUUGUCCCAAAUCCACCAAGCUCCCUCCAUUGGAUUCGCCGUCAUGGAUGUGCGACUGAAAGAAGACUUGGCCCACGUGACGCUUCACCAGAGGCAUCAAGUACUCGUGCGCUACACCAAAAAUCUCAACAACAUCUCAGGGCACAGUCCGCUUCUCUUCGAUGACCUUCUCCUUAGGAUCUCUUCAGCAAGCGGCGUGGCUUUCUGCCUGCGCGCUUUCAAGCAAGUGGAUUGGUGCUUAGAUGCGCUACUCGUCUACAGGAAAAGGGCACUGGAUUCGCGCGUGGAUGAGGCGGCAGUAAAGACCUUUGUUGACAUCUGGAAGAAGCGCGAUCAAGCUGAGGAUCUGAUGCGUGGCAUUGCUGCUCGACUCGCACUUGAUCCCCACGAGUCUUUGCUGUUCGCCUUGUAUCGAGGACUGAGCGCAAGAUCUGCAUCUCUCCUCGUCAAGGGUCUUUCAAAGAUCAAGUAUGCAGUCCAUCGGGCUGAAGACAGUAGGGUCCCAGCCAUCGAGCUCCUCGUCGUCCGCCUAGCACAGGACGUGCUUCAAGUUGAUGCGCUCCGCAAGCUCUUACCCGUUUGCACCGCUUCGUCGAUUGAGAACCUGCUAUGGACACUUGACGAUGAGAUCUUGCUCAGAUUGGAUCAGAACUGCUUGGAUCUGCUCGUCGAAGCUCAGCCGCACGCACUCACAAGAUGGAUCGAGUCCACGGAUUCUAGGCGCACUCCAGAGAGGGCAUCACUUCGUCAAAAAUUGAUAGCCAGAGCGUGCGUCGCGCCAAGUUCUUUCGGGAGCGAAAAUGCAUCCAUAGGUCUUGCGUUCACGAUGAGGCUCAUCAAGGGUCAGGUUCCGGAAGCAAAGGUGGACCAGUUGAGCGUAGACACGAUACUCAAAGCUGUCGGCUCCCAACGUCAAGGCACAACAAAACAUCAACUGGACCUUUGCAAUGCCUACUUCGCUUCAAGUCUUUCCCGGGAUACUGCAGUCUCGCAGACCAAAGGUUCGCUCAGCAACACCCUGCUCAAGCGUGCCGUUCGUGUCAUCAAGCUGCUAUUUGCGCGGGAUGAAGCAGGAGAUGCAUCAGCUGCUUCUAGGCUGCUCGAGUGUCUUCCUAGCACUCCAUCCUCACCUUACCUGAAGAACUUGACCGAAGAUCGUCUGCUACGGUUUCCUCGACCAUUGAGACCGCGCCUCAUUGCCAUACUGAACAGAGGUCCCGAGGCGACGUGGCAAGACCUGUUGAAAAGCGUGGACGAAGAGACGAUGGUGAGACUUGGUCUUUUGAGCAUGUUGGACACCGCGCAUGCGCUGGAGCUGGUCGAGGCCUUGCAGAGCAAAGGUGAUACGUGGCCCGUGAGAUGCGCAGGAUCAUGGGCUCCAAAGCGAAUCACUCCCGGACGGACGAGAGUCACGAGGCUGGACCAACUCUCUCUUCGAGCUAAACGACUAUUCGUUCUGAGCUGUGCACGACUCGUCAUCACGGCUGCUUGGAGCGCCUCGGACGAGCCAUGGAGUGAAGUAGCAAAACGAGAAGGGACCUACGCUGAGAAGGACCCAGCUUUGAGAGCUGGCAAAGCCAUCGUCGAGUCUUUUCUUCGAGGUGCAAAGCAUCAUGCCUAUAUUGAAGAGUUGCUCGUGAAGAGGGCCAAAUCGGGCGAACGAAGAGGACAUUACUGCGUCGUCGCAUUGUGCUUGGCCCUCGUCUCUGGGGAUGCAGAAAUGGUGCCCAAGACUUUUGGAGCCUUGUUGGAUCGAUGCAGGCGAGAUGCAGAUGCCAGAGUGGCUCUGAACUCUGUCAUCCACGUUCCUGGAGGUCUCAGCGAAGGAUUGGCGAUCAUCUUCCCGGUUAUUGGAGAUGCGUGCCUGGAUAAAAUCGUCGCAUAUGCUGCUUCUCGGCAGAAAGAGCCGGAUUUUAAUGAGCAAGAGACGAUGGUUUGGGCACACUUCCUCUCGGAAGUACUCAAGAGACGCAUCGAGGCCGUGCUGGAAGGUGAUGAUGCGAUGAUUUUGGAUGGGUUGCUCGCACCUUUGCAAAACGUCGACAAGUCCAUGCGACACUGUCGUGGCGUCACAGUGACGCCUCACGAUGCUGCUCGUCUGCCUCUGAUUGGCAAUUGGCUUGAUCGCCUGACCAAGAAGGAAUGGAACAUGUGCAGCUCUAAUCGAAUGGCUUUCAUACGGUCUCAGAAGAAUCCAUCAGUAUUUCGGACGCUGGUCACUAGGAUCGUGGAGCCCCGUGAGAACUUCAUGUCGCUCCACACUUUCGCUCGUCAGUACGCCAAUGCCUCUGCGGCUCUCGAAAAUGCUGAUGGAGGGGACACCGAAGUGGUCGAUGAGCAGGCCGAAGUGAGGCUUUGGAAGUGGGGCUUGAGCGAGGAGACGAAUGCGCAAGAGAUUCGUUGGAGGUGGGAGCACGGUACGUCGGGUCAAAAAGGCCGCCUUAUCAGUCUCUUGGCCCUGCAAAGUGGCUUGCUACGAACAGCGCUGCAUCCUAUACUGGGUCGUUAUAGCGCCAGACAGCUCUAUGUCGACGAGCUCGAGAUCGACCCCCAGGUCUUCACCACUCUGCGAGUCCGCGCACGUGAUCUUUGGCUAGACGCAAGAAGACCAAGAUAUCGUACUUCGGCUCAAAGCCUGUCGAGAUUGACGGAUCUCAUACGAUUCCACGUGCAUGCUUCGGACGAUCCCGAGGUACGGCAGCAGUGGCAGGACGCUACGCGAUUGGGCUCGGAGCUCUUUGUAGCUGCAUCUGAAACGGAGGAUGAUAUGGACGUGAAGCAGGGAGGGAAUUGGCAAGAAGAUUUGGAAGAGAUGCUUGCUCUGGGACAUAUCGAAGUGGAGCAGGUCCUCUUCGCAGCGAGCAAAUUCACAAAUUCCUACGAGACCCUCGUGCCUAUACUCAAGCUCAAAAUGCUAGCCAUUCUAGCCCGGGCUUCGAACCCCGCACUCUUGUUGCCCGAGUCCAAGGCCAUCUUGCUCGAUACGGAUCUUUCGGCAUGGCACCGAAGCCUGUGCCUCAACCUUUCCAUUUUGAAGAAGUUACGCCGCCAAGUGGCAAGAGGGUGGAUGCUGACGCUCUACAAGGCUUGCCAACAUGCGAUGCAACCCCAUCGGCUGAGCGAAAAGGACAAGAGUGCUCCGCCUCCCGUCAAGGUCAGCACAGCCAAAGCGUUGGUCGAGCGAGCGCGCGACUCGGGCAUCUUCGAUCCGGACGACACGAUCGACUUUGCGCUCCUUGUGUUGGAGAUGAUGCCACACAUAGACGUCUACUUGCUUGUGGCAAACCUCUUUGUGCAAUUGUCACUCAAGGGUAUUGCAUUGGAGCGAUCUAGCGUUUUGGUUGCAUUGCUCAUUCGACGCCAGCCGAUGGAGCAUCGGAGCGGUCUCUUUGACAAGACCUUCAACGUUCAGCCUUGUCCACCCGACCAACAAAAAGAGAUCACAAGUCUUUUCUGCAACGCGACACGGUCUCAGCUGGAUUUGAGCGACCGCGCAAUCGUACAUUAUAAUAGCACCAUGUAUCUGCCAUCGCUCGAAGCAAUUUCAGAAGCGCAUCAAGCAGAGCUGGUACCGUUGAUACAUCGAGAUUCGUCGAGUGAACUCCAGCAUAUCCUGAGAGUCUACAAAACACCCAUAGAAGCGCUCAAUCAAGGCGCAAGCCCGCAUCUAAUUGCGGCGAUCGCUCGAGCAGGAGGCGACGGAGCAGAGGCCUUCUUGGGCUUGCUGUGUCAAGCAAGCAGGUGCAUCCGCACGAUGCAGCGGCAAGUCGAUCGGAUCAAGGACGAGGACCUGUCAGCAGAAGAAAAGCAUGGUCUGGAACGUCUGAGGGGUGUGAACAGCAGACGAUGGAUGAGAGCAGCGAUGGUGCAAACGAUCUGCCGAGCUUUGCGCUCCACUUUGGAAGACGAGACGCUUAGAGGAGCUUCUUCCAGCGCCUCGGAUAGACUCAUCCAUCUGCUCGUGCAGACCGCGGGUUCCUACAUUGAGCAAAGCGAGAGAGAUACGCUGAUCACAAUCGUGCGGGAGCUUGUGCAUCUGCACCUCGCCAGACCUGCCGAGCGCGCAGAGGUGCUCAUAGCCGCCCGGUGCAUCCUCUCGCAAACGCAAGAGGCUGCUCGCAACUCGACCUCAACCAAGCUCGAUCUAGAGUUGCAUGCGGCAAUCUACGCUAUGGAGUGGAGUUUGUUGGGCUGCGUCAGCAUCUCGGAACAAGCUGCAACGACAAUCGACCUCUUUGAGCGCUUCGUCAAGGUCGCGCGGGGCUAUGCGGGAGCAGCAGCCUUUCGCCGCGCGUUCAAGCUGUUCGAAUUCCAGACGGGCCAUGCUGGACAUUUGUUUGACCAUGGCACGGACAAGAAUGGAUGGAAUGCGCGUCUGAGUCUUAUGCAGCAUCUGACAGCACAUGCUCGUCGAUGUCCAGACGAAGCCGCCCGCCAAUUCAUCAUGGACAGACUGAUCGACUGGUCAGAGAUCUUCGUCAAAGCUGGACUGGGGCUCGAGAAGGAUGCGCAAGUGAAGAGCUUUGUGCAGAAGAUGCAAGACGGUUGGUCAGAGCUCGAUCUGCAGGUAGAGCUGAUGAUCAGAUCUGCAAAUCUUUUGCAAAAGGAGGAAUGGUCCCACACUGUAGCAUAGCGCUGCUGUAUCGCUCUUGGUAGCUUCCGCUUCUGUUUACCCUCUCACUCGUCGCUAGCGGUGCCCCUUUGCACUCGACUGCAAUGUGUAAUGUCGAAUCUUUGCUGC